AUGAAUGGCAUGAGCGGUGGUCAGCCUCGAAAGCGACUAGGUCUACUUGACCUCCCCACCGAGGUUCGACAUCAGAUCUAUGCGUAUCUCUUCUGUCACAAACCCAACCCCAUCACACUGGGCUUCCACGACUUCUACACGAAGUGGGCGACAUGGCCACUCUCGGACGAGGCGAGGGAGACGCCGCACGAGCCGACCUUUCACACGGCGCUGUUUCGCGUGAACAAGGCCAUCUCGCGCGACGCGCUGCAGUUCGCGUACGGCGCCAACUCGUUCCGCUUCGACAAGGACAUCCAGACGUUUUGUCACCUCGGCGCCAUUGCCCUGGCGUCGAUCAAGACGCUGCGCGUCUACCGCAACGCCUGGCUGAACAGCUCGUACGCCACGUCCUUCUGGAGGACCUUGGACCGACACUGUCCGGGCCUCGAGCUCAUCGUCAUCGAAGCUGCAUCCCACAUCUUGCUGGCCGCCAUCCCUUACCUCAAGGACUUCAUGGCCUCCAUCCCCCACGGCCAGGCCAAACCACGCCUGGUCCUCGACCUCAACGUCUGGGAUCGGCACUUCUCCUUCGACUUCCCCGACGGAGACUACCAGACCGCCUUGCAGGACCUGCGAAGGACCAUGGUCGAGAGUGACUGGAAGGAGUCGCUGGAUCCUUACAUCUACGUGAUGCGCAUGCCGCGGCACGUCAAGGAAAUCCGCUUCGCCCUGGACCUGGGGCCCGGCGCCUUUCGCGCUCUGGAGGAGGUGCUGAGCCAGUCCUCUGACCUCUGCUUCGUCCAAGCCGACCAAGCCACGUCCAACGCCGCCGGUCACGUUGCCGGUCGGGGAAUCCACCGCUGCUUGAUCUGGAAAGAAACCGGUGAAUGA